AUUUCCGCAAUCGACGCGUCGUACGGCUGUGCGGGGGUGACAGAAUGGGGUGCGGGGCUAGAUCUUCAGAUUCGGUGCUAACAACGGAAGAAGGUUGCUGCCACCCGUGCGUGCAGUUGCGGGGCUACCUAGGCGCGAGGCGGGGGCGUGCACUUUGAAAUCCGUCCUUCCGUGGCGGCGAAACGGCUUUUUAGGGGAGGGGGGUUUUUCAGGCGAGCUUCCCUUUGUUGAAAAGCACUUCUCCUCACUUUGCCUCUCUUGCGGACCACCAACGUCAAAAGGGGAAAACGGUUGGGCCCCCGCCCCCGCUUCACCCCUCUCCUCUUUUCCGUUGAUCCUAACACCUUGAGGCUUGGGCAUUGUGUAGGCGACGCGUAGACUAAAGUUACAACACCCUCUAUCUAAGCCGAGUCGCAAGUAGCCAGCCGACCACGGCAAUAGACAUGGGGUGCGGCCUCCGCCAGCCGCCAAUCGCAGCAUACACCGCCUCCGGUUCUCCCCACGGAGGAAGAGGGGGUGUCCGCACGCCAGUACGCCUCGAAUGCACCGCCGAUGGUGUUUCAUCAUCAAUUCCGGAAGUUUCAGGAUUCCGCCAAAUAUUAAUUAGCGGAUCAACCAGAGAAAAAGUCCAGCAUUCCGAAACAGGCAUUUCAGUACCAAAAAAAACACAAAUAAAACAAGCAGAGGGCGGGUAUGCUUAUUUUCCCAGAUGUCCGACUCUCAGAAUUCGAAUAAACCUCCUGUAUUUGCGGACGGCGCCCUAUCUGCGAAACGCCGUCCCCCGAGGACCCCGAACACACCGCAGAAUAAGCACCCUAUUGGACUGCGGUUGCAUGUAUGCAACAAAGAUCUGUUCAAUGCUGUGCUAUCUCUCCAAGUUGCUGGCAUCGGUUCUGUCGGAAUCAUCGGUGUUCCCUCCCGGAAGUGGCAGCCAGACUGGCCGAAGAACCCUCACUACAGCCCUUCAGCCCUCCAGGCGUAUCAAGCGCAGAUCCCAACCUGGCGCUGCAACAUGCGUGCCCAGGCACUGCACGCGGGCGGGGGCCAAAACCAGGGCUCUUUUAAGUCCGUGGAGGGCGGAGGCGCCCCUCCCUCGGACAACGACAAGCGCAAACGCCACGGACCCCCGUGCGGUGCGGUCUUAACACGGUCGUCUGCCCCGUCGCCACCGAAUUGUAAGCAUCCGGGCCUCCGAUGAUUUCUACGUUGACCACCACGGACGUCUAGAUGCUCCACGUAUUUCCCCCCGUUCCCUACUACCACGCUAACAGAUCAUACCCGGCCAUCCGCCGCCAGAGAACACCCUGCCUACACAGCAAGGUGUCCGCCGUGGGCAGCACCCGGCCUCUGCGGCUCCCUGCCCCUCCCGCCCUCCGCUUCUCCUCUU